CCCGCUUUGUUCGUUAUUUGGCACUCCUUCGCCAGCAAUGAACGUCGCUCUCGCAGACAUCCCCACACUGCGCCAGCUCUACAAGCUGGCAAGGCUCAUCCCAGCGGAGCCCACUGCCGCGAAAUACAAGCACUCUGGGAGCCUCCUCGAUCGCGUCUCGCUCUAUCAGGGGACCAUAACCGCGCUAGAAGUAGAUGCGAUCGUGAAUGCCGCUAACAAGUCUCUGCUGGGCGGUGGUGGAGUGGAUGGAGCCAUUCACUCCGCCGCCGGGAGAAAGCUUGUCGAAGAAUGUCGGACCCUGCACGGAUGCGAGACUGGAGAUGCAAAGAUAACUAAAGGCUAUGACUUACCAGCCAAGCAUGUCAUACAUGCAGUUGGGCCCGUAUACUCGUCGCAUCAUACACAGACAUGUGCCGAACUUCUCGCAUCCUGCUACCGGAGGAGCAUGGAGUUAGCCGCCCAGAACUCUCAAAGACACAUUGCAUUCCCUUCCAUCUCUACGGGAAUCUAUGGCUAUCCUGUCGAGGAUGCGACCCAUAUCGCUUUGGACGAGGUCCGAGGGUUCCUUAGCUCAGAAUCCGGAUCCAAGAUCGACCGAGCCAUUUUCGUGGUCUGGAGUGACCACGAUAAAGGCGUCUACGAGGAUCUCCUUCCGCUGUACUUCCCUCUGGACGGAGCAGAUCCUGAAUCAGACGUCAAAGCAGAAGUCAAAGAGGGAGUCAAAGAAGAAGUCAAAGAAGAAGUCAAGGAGGAAGUCGAGGAAGAAACCAAGGAAGAGGUCAAAGAAGAGAAGGCUCCAAGCGAGUGAGCGCGGCAUGAAAUGUCAUGAUAAAUAACGUAACGCUUGCAGGUCCAGUGACGCUUGUUGUACUACUCAUCAUAAACUCUGAAUUCGAGAGAC